AACAGCUGCAUCUUCGCUUUCGUCGUCUAUGCCGAGUGCUCACGCGAAUGUGGGCAAAUUCGGCGGCGUCGGGAGUAAGGCCGUAAGGCGGCUGAGGUGGACCAACCUUUCCAGCGCGAUUUGACCUGGACACGCCGCUCUCGCACAAGCUGUCCUCAGCGACUGGCGGACGUGACAGAUGUCUCUCCACGCCUCGUGCAGUGGCGCGAUGUGACCCCACGCACCACGCCUCGCGCGAUCGAGAUUCAUCUCCCGGAGAUAGGGCGCCUGCUGCGCACACUGAUGACUUUGACCUUGACCUCUGACCCCCGUCCACCGCCCUCAUCGGAGCAGCGCGCACAGACCUCGCCCGGCUCCCGUGAACGUGUACCUUCAAACAAAGCAUCUCGUCCGCCCACCCAUGACCAUUCAUGCCCAUCCGUCUAUCAUGCUCACCCUCCUCGCGUUGGCGGGCACCGCCCUUGCCGUCCUAACGAACAUUACGCUCUCGCCGCUCGACGCCGCCUUCACGUACACGCCCUCGGCGUCCUCGGGUGCGUGGGCGGACUCGGGGACCGCCGCGCCCGUCCGCACGAGCGAGGGGGACACGCUCGCCGUCCUCUCUCUGCCGGGCAUGCGCGGCGCCACAGUCUACGGCGUAAGCGUGGCCGCCGCGGCCGGCGAGCGGGACGCGACCACGCCCCUCCCCCUCGGUCCGUUCACGUACACCCACACGUGGCCGGCGGCGGGGGCGCACGCGCUCCGCCUCACGGGCCCGCUCGCGCUCCACCGCGCCGUCGUCACCCUCGACCUCCCCACUCGUAUCCGCACCGAAGCGUUCGCGGACCCCGUCCUCAACCCCUUCUACGCGCUGCAAGCCGGCUUCCGGCCGCAGAACGGGCUCGUGCCCGCCAGCGCGUGGGGGAGCGCCACCGCGCCGGACGGGGGGCCCGUCGCGCUCGCCCCGCCGGCCGCGCGCGCUGUCGUCAACGUGCCCGCGAACACGAGUAUGGCGGUGCUGAGCGCGUGGAGCACGCCGACGCCGACAGAGCUCGCGCUCCUCAUCGCCCCCGUGCCGCUGUGGGCGGCGAGCCUCGCGCAGAUGAGCCUCUAUGCCAACGUCACCGCCGUCGUGCGGUGGCAUGUCGUGCUCGAUCCCGCGGAGCGGUAUCGGCUGCGUAUUACGAUGCCGGGGUUCGAGGAUAUGAGCGACAGCGUCAUGCUCCGCGAUAUGGAGUUUUGGGGCGCUGCUGAUGAAAGUCCGGGGACACAACCAUCGCCGUCGGGCGCCCUUGCCCGCACAUAUGCCACCGGCCUUCCGAUGUUGGCGGCGCUGGUACUCGCUAUAGUGUAAACUCAAUUUGCGUGGUGGGGCCGAGUGAAAGCUAGAGUGUUGUGACCGUUGUACUUCGCUGGGCAUGCGAGUUCCGUCUCCCUUCCUCCCCC